GUCCAAUAUCUAAGUGUGAUAUUUCUUGCAUGUCUAGCCACCAUACAAAUAAAGGUCGUCUGGUUCGAUUCGGUUCAACAUCGAGCGGCGCGUUGCAACUGCGCCGUCGCCGUCGGGAAAACCAGAUGGCGGCGAGCUCAAAGGAGAAGAUCGUUUCGGUGAUCAUGGUGGGCGGGCCUACAAAAGGUACUCGAUUCAGGCCGCUAUCUUUCAACACUCCGAAACCACUGUUCCCUUUAGCCGGAUUGCCCAUGGUUCAGCAUCAUAUUUCUGCUUGUAAAAGGAUACCCAAUUUAGCAGCAGUAUUUCUUAUUGGAUUUUAUGAGGAGCGGGAAUUUGCACUAUAUGUGUCUUCAAUUUCUACUGAGCUCAAAGUUCCUGUCAGAUACUUGAGAGAAGAGAGGCCUCAUGGUUCUGCCGGAGGUUUUUACUACUUUAGAGAUCAGAUUAUGGAAGACUCUCCAUCCCAUAUAUUUUUGCUGAACUGUGAUGUAUGCUGCAAUUUCCCACUGUCAGACAUGCUUGAGGCCCAUAUAAGGUAUGCUGGGAUGGGUACUUUGCUUGUUAGUAAGGUCUCUGCUGAAUCUGCUAACCAGUUUGGUCAGUUGAUUGCCGAUCCAGUUACCAAAGAACUAUUGCAUUAUACUGAGAAGCCUGAGACAUUUGUUAGUGACCUGAUCAAUUGUGGUGUUUAUGUUUUUACACCAGAAAUUUUUAGUGCAAUCCAGAAUGUAUACACACACAGGGAAGCUACUCUACACCAUCUCUCUAGCUUUGAAGCAAUCCAGUCCGAAACAAGGUCACUGCGCAGAGAUUUUGUUAAGUUGGAUCAAGAUAUCUUGUCACCUUUUGCUGGAAUGCAGAAAUUGUACACGUAUGAGACAUUGGACUUCUGGGAACAGAUCAAGACUCCAGGGAUGUCUUUGAAAUGUUCUGCUUUGUAUCUUAAUCAAUUCCAUUACACCUCACCUGAACUCCUUGCCCGGGGAGAUGGCACUGAGAGUGCUUCAAUUGUUGGCGAUGUUUAUAUUCACCCCUCUGCAAAAGUACAUCCAACAGCAAAGAUUGGACCAAAUGUAUCAGUAUCUGCAAACGUUCGUGUAUCUGCUGGGGCAAGGCUAAUAAGUUGCAUAAUCUUAGAUGACGUUGAAAUCAUGGAUAAUGCAGUUGUCAUGCAUGCUAUUGUAGGAUGGAAGUCAUCCCUAGGAAAAUGGUCCCGUGUUCAGGGAGAUGGAGAUAACAACUCAAAACUGGGAGUUACAAUCCUUGGGGAAGGCGUGAGCGUUGAGGACGAGGUUGUGGUUGUAAACAGCAUUGUUCUUCCACAUAAGACGCUCAACGUAAGUGUUCGAGAUGAAAUUAUACUAUGAUUUAUUUGCGGGUGAGAUCGGUCCUGACUCGAAGAGCUUUUCAUGUUGCAUUCAAAUUUUGAUAGUUGGUGAAUUUUGUACUACUGUCUACAUAAAUGUUGACUUUUGUAUUUUUUUAUAGUUCAAAGAGAAGAUGAUUCAGGAGCUUGAAUGAGCCAUGGGCACUGUUUUGGGUAUGAGCACUUUGCUAGCCAGUAACUUUUACACUUUGAAGAAGUCCGAAAGUGUCUAUGCUCCGCAAUAUUGUGAAGAGACACAACAAAUAGAAAGCUUUUAAAGUCAGCAUUGUGCAAUCUUGACCAAAUUACGAACGAUCGUAGGCUCCUCUAUAUACACAUCUGGCAUGCACAUAGAGACACAUUUAGAUACUUCUGACUCACCUGAAGAACUACUCCCAUCGUCAGAAUUACCAAUGUAAGUUGGAUCAUCAGGGUCAUUUUCAUCAUCCACACCUAAUGCGGUGUUAGAUGGCCCUGCUUCUUCCUCUAUGUCAUCCUCGUGAAGCUCUUCUUGAACUCGUUGUGGCUCUAAGUACACCUCAAGCUCAUCAUAUUGAUUGGUGACCUUUUGAAUAAAGCACAUCCAAGUCC